AGAGGUUGUCCUGACUGAUCCAUUCUCCAGAGGUUGUCCUGACUGAUCCAUUCUCCAGAGGUUGUCCUAACUGAACACAGGAGAUGACCCAACAAGGCCUAUCCCCGUAUCAGCACUGGCACAAGCAAAGGCUGUAGUCCAGUCAUACCAUUUUAACUCUCUCCUGUCUCUGGUGUGAGUCGACGCAUGUCGCGGAUCAGGAGCACGCUCAACACUGUUUCCAAAGCGGUAAGCGGCACCGACCUCCUCUCCAAGAUAUCCCGCCUUAAGCCCAGCGCCGCAGUCGCCCAUGCAGAGAAGGUACUGGCCAAAGCGGAGCCUCCGACUCCAUCUCCAACCCCGGCAGCGAGUGAUGCUUCAGCUGCAACAGCCAUGAAGCCACCAGAGCGGGAUCAGACAGGAGGACUGGAGCAGAACAAUGGAGAGGAGGUGAAGGAGAAUCAGCCACUUCAGGCUUUAGAGAAACCCUUCAUGGCCAACGUCAAGCCCAAACAUAGUCUCACUGCGUCAGUGGCUAACUCCGCCGCCAGCUCCUCGUCAGCCGUGGCCAAGCAGACGUUCCAGCUGUCCCACCCAGAGGCCCUCUCCACCAACAUGGACGAGACAUACAGCACCCUGGCUCAACAUGUCAACGACUACUUCGGGAGUAGUAGUAGUCUAUCAACAGGAGACGACAAGAAGCCUCACCAUCUAAAUGACAAUGCUCAAGCAUCCACGUCCUCCAAGCCUGCUCUCAAUCAACGCUAUCAGAGUACUAAGAGCGGGGACCACAUCCCCGUUUCAGUACCUGUGGCAGCUGAGACCGAGGUUAUCCAGGGCGAGACUGCUACCCCACGACCGACUCCUCCCCUGGACGAGGUUAGCCCAACCUCAGGUGUUCCCACCCGAGAAAGCCCUGCCUCAGACAGCACUUCCUUUGACCCAGCCACCACUACCCCCACCCUAACACCCUCUAAAAAAGGGGGGUUUGGGCAGUACCUGUCUGACCCUCGCCCCAAUGUUCAGGCAUUCUUUGGCAGCUACAUAGCACCCUUGGUUCCUAGUAAGUUCAGGGCUGAACCCAAGAGCGUCACAGCAGCAGUUAAAGGGAAGACCACGGAGGAGGCUGUGAGGAAGCCUGGAGAGAAGACAGAGACUGAGGAGGAGAAGAAGAACGCUGAAGAGAGGGCCAAGAAACUGCUGCUGAGCCAGAGAGAGAAGGUACUGAACUGAAACUGAUUCAUAUAAAUGAACGAUUCUCUGCCAUGUGAAUGUGAAUGAAUUAAAAUGAAUUUGAAUAAAUGCUCUGUUACGUGUUUUAUAGACAUUCUUAGGUCAUACCUCUAAUUACAUAGUUAGUGAUAAUUAAUGAUUUUUUUGUAUUAAAAAAAGUGCUCUGUUUUAUAUAAUACUUCCCUCUCAGUUUGAAGUGUCUUACCCUCUCAGUUUGAAGUGUCUUACCCUCUCAGUUUGAAGUGUCUUACCCUCUCAGUUUGAAGUGUCUUACCCUCUCAGUUUGAAGUGUCUUACCCUCUCAGUUUGAAGUUAAUGUUCAAUGAUCUGGGACAGAGGGAAAAACAUUACACACAAACAAUUACUGUUAAGUCUAAUUUGGGUACUGGAUGUGUUCUGUGCACUCCCAUCCCAGAUCAUAGCCCGGGUGAGUAUGGACAACAGGACCAGAGCCCUGGUGCAGGGCAUCCAGAAAGCCACAGAUGUGAAUAUCCACACCAGCCGUGUGGAGGAGCUCCGCAUGCAUCUACUGGAGUACCCUGAGACACGCGGCGUGGCCGUCAAGGUGGGGGUGGCGGUGUGUGUAGACAAUGUCAACUUGAAUCCUUGUAGAUAUACUGUGGGUAUAUUUACAUUCAUGUUUUAGUCAUGUAGCGGAAGCUCUCAUAGACCAACUUACAAUCAGUGCAUUCAACUAAGGUAGGUAAAUGUAGAAGUGUGUGAGUUUGCUGAAGUUAACCCCCCCCCCCACCUCCCUCUCCAGGAGAGGGUGAUCCCGUGCCUGUUGCGUCUGAGGCAGACCAGAGACCCCAGGCUCCAGGCUGCAGUGAGAGAAGCCCUGGCCCUGGUGGGAUACACAGACCCUGUGAAGGGCCGGGGUAUACGGAUCCUGGCCAUCGAUGGAGGGGGGACCAGGGGACUGGUGGCCCUGCUGGCCCUACAUAAACUGCAGACCCUGACGGGCAAACCCAUCUACCAGCUGUUUGACUAUAUCUGUGGGGUCAGCACAGGUAGGCUGUUUCACCAUGCUCCCUGUAUUUUAUACAACAUGAUAUCGGUCCAAACUACUAGGGCUGGCUUCCCAGACUCAGAUUAGGCCUAGUCCUGAGAACAUUCUCAAUUGAGCAUUCUUUUUAGGCCAAGACUAGGCUUAAUUUAUAUCUGAGAAACCAGUUCCUUAUGUUUAAUGAAAGACACUAUACAGUCCAGUCUUAAAAUCAAAUCCUGAUCCUAAAUCCCAAAUCCUGUUUAGUACAUGUGGUAUGUGGCAUCCUAACAUGAUGAACCCCUGUCCCGCAGGUGCCAUCCUGGCCUUCAUGUUGGGGGUGUUCCAGAUUCCUCUGGAUGAUUGUGAGGAACUCUACAGGAAGCUGGGUUCUGACGUGUUCAAACAGAACGUAAUCGUGGGAACCGUCAAGAUGGGCUGGAGCCAUGCCUUCUACGACAGCCAGAUCUGGGAGAACAUCCUCAAGUUUGUACAGUACCCUGCUGCUCCGUCUAGUAUUCUCUCAUGUCAGUGGUGGAAAAGAUCUGACAGUGUAGUCUGACCUAUGGGAUUUAAAGGGAUGUUGGAAGAUUAUUUUGUAGUAAUUGAAAAUCAUGUUCUUAUUUUGGAGCAUGUAAGGAGCAAUAUUGUUUUGCCUAAUUUAAUAAUGAUAAUGAAGUGGUGAAUGUUUUGUGUGUAACAGAGAGAGAAUGGGAGAAGGCCUCAUGGUCGAGACAGCCCGGGAUCCAAAAUGCCCGAAGGUAAGAUUUGAUCUAUACAUCACUUUAACAACCAUACGUUUACACAGUGAACAAAGACUUAAUCAACUCCAUAUAGACGGGUUGGCUGACAACGUCACCAAAAUGAUGCGUGCACAUCGAUAAGGCCGGAAGUGCGUUGUUAUGAUUCUGGACGGUCAGAUAGCUAGCAACAAUCUCGUUGUGUCUUGUUAUUGAUACCAUGUCUUGUUUUGAGGUGUUUUGACUGAUGUCAUGUCAAUGCUAAUAUGGCUAAAAUUCGCUAGCUAGCUAACCAACAACUGUAACGAUGCAUUUAAGAGACAACAAGUGCUCAUUGUGCAAAUGUAUUUAUGUUUUCAAUAAACAUUGGAGACUAAAUCUAGUUUACAUGUUGUCAACAUGCUAAACAACCAACCCGUCUAUGCGCUCAUGAACACGGCUUAAUGCCUCUGUUUCUCCUCUAGGUGUCAGCAGUGAGCACCAUAGUGAACAGGGGUCUACCUCUGAAGGCCUAUGUGUUCAGGAACUACAGCAUGCUACCAGGGGUCAGGUCCCACUACAUAGGAGACUGUAAACACAAGAUGUGGCAGGCCAUCAGAGCCUCCUCCGCCGCCCCA